AUGUAUGAAGUCUUCUGCAUCUUCUCAAAGACUCUUAACUAUGAAGACCCAUUCAACAACCCUUUUGUUAAACUUGGUAAAGGAAGCUCAACGCUCCAAUUACACUUACUGAGAAAGAACAAAGUAUUCAUCAGAGAAGAAGGUCAAGAGCUUUACCAAUGGAAAAGACCAACGGUUUUCCUCAAAGAAGGAGACUCUAUACCUCCUGAUGUUGAUCUUGAUACUGUUAGAUGGAUCCCUGCGAAUCAUCCUGAUGUUGAUCUUGAUACUGUUAGAUGGAUCCCUGCGAAUCAUCCUUUUGCCACUACGGUUAGCGAUAUUGAUCAGGACCUUGCUCAGAACAAUGUGUACCAAAAGCUAGGUGUUCCUUUCCGGAUUCGUGCUGAGCAUGAAGCUAUGCAGAAGAAGCUUGAAGCUUUACAAAAUGAGGAGAAGUUGAAUAAUCUGGGGAUUGAUAGUGAAAAUGCUAGAGUUUUUCAGAAGGCAGACAAGUUCUCAGGUAAGUUUGAAGACGAGAAUGUCCAGAAGAGUUCUCAGGAGAAUUUUACUGGUAAUUUACACACAAGUCUUGAGACGCACUAA